AUGGCUACGAAUCGAGUCUCGCGCGGUCCCGAGGUCCGCGCUGUCACCAAUCCUCGCCCGAGUGGUUCUGGCUUUGACGACAGUCAAUACCCGUCCGCGCCCCAGCCGCGUCCCCAGCAACGCCAACAAGCCCAGUCAGACCCGUCCGACAAGGUCUCCUCGCUCUCCUCGCCCCCCCCGAGUCGAAAAACAGCAUCGCCGCUCCAGACACCGUCGUCGCCUCGCACCGAGCGCCCAACACCCACUGCUGCCGAAUCCAUUGGCCGCACCCACAGCGCUGUCUCCGCGUUCAGUGAACCCCAGCCGCCGUCGCCAGUCUCGGCGCUCGAGACCUCCCACAGCUCCGCACGCCGCCGCUCUGCCGCUCGCCGAUACCGCCAGCUCUCGCAGCAGAACUUGACUGAAACAGACGACGCCUCGACAACGCAACCUGACCCCGACGGCUUCCCACCGGCAUACUCUUCACAUCAUCGUGGCUCCUCCAAAGCGCACCCCGUCGUACGAGUCUCCAAGCGCACGCACAGCGCAAUUCUCUACGCACUCGAGGAGGCCUUGCGCUAUCCUAACCCCUUUACCCCAGACGUAGUUGAGGAAUCUGCUGACAUGGCCGACUUAAUGGCCGCCGGUGGAGGCGCGAUUCCCGCUUCGCACAGGGGUGUUGCACCGCCAAUGUCCAGCGCCGCCCCUCCGCGUCCCAGUGCUGCUCCUGUCCCUACUAGCUCCCCGUCUGGCAUUCGCGGACCCCGCAUGAUCAUGAUGGAGCGAGCUGCGAGGGAAGCGAGGCGUGAAGCUGCAGAGAGGCAGCGAACCGAACAAGCCCGCGCGGAUGAAGAAGCACGCCAAUUGGAAGAGAUGCGCCGACGAAACUCAGAGCGACAGUCAGCUGCCGUUACCGACAGGCAAAACCCAAGCAUUGCACAACAACAACAAGCAGCCGAAGCUGCUACUCAACGCCAAUCUCACGCCUCGCAAGAGCGAGCCCAAGCUCAUCAAAGGAUACCUAGCCACACACAACCGGCACAGCCGCCUCCACCAGCGACCGCCGCACCUCAGCAGCCGCCAUCGCAAGCAUACCUUUCCCAAGGCUCCGCUGCGCAACAGCGGCGCGCGUCCGAGUCCCGGCCGACGGAGCCUGCGCCCGCGGCGACUGAGCCUGCCAAGCCACGCAACUCCUUUCCCCAUGCCUUUGAACGAUGGGAAACGCUUUCGGCGCAUUGGGAGGGCCUCACCAGCUACUGGAUCAGAAAACUCGAACAAAAUAAGGACGAUGUAAACAGGGACCCCCUCAGUCAGCAGCUCGCUCGUCAAGUGACGGACCUGUCUGCGGCUGGUGCCAACCUAUUCCAUGCGGUCGUCGAAUUGCAACGUCUACGAGCCAGCUCCGAACGCAAAUUUCAGCGAUGGUUUUUCGAAACGCGCUCUGAACUAGAGCGUGCCCAAGAAGUAAACGCACUUCUGGAAAAGGCACUCGAAAAGGAACGACGAGAACGAGCAGAAGCCAUUCGCGAUGCAGUUGAUAACGAACGGGGCGUCUCUAAGACACAAAGGCAGCUUCAAGAAAUGCGCAAAGAGCUAGCAAUUUCGAAAGAGGAAGCGCGUCGCGCAUGGGAGGAACUCGGCCGUCGCGAGCAAGAAGAACGUGAUCGCACGAGCUCUUUGCAGGCUGGUCAUCCAACUAUAGUUGGCGGUGUUCAGGUGGUUCCCAUGACUCAAAAUCCAACCACCAGACAACCAAGCUCCCGAGACGCAGGGACGUAUCAAACUGCCGACGCAAGCCGCACGCCAACUGAGCACCACUCUGCAGCUGCCCCCGGCAGUACCAGUGGCUACUACGCUCACGCCGAGAGCUCCGGUAGUGGCCAACGCGGGCCAACCUCGGCGCCGCGAGAGGAGGUCGACUACCUCGAGAGCGAAUAUGUUCUGGACGCACAGGGACAGCCGAUCCUCGACGUGCACGGCAAGAAAAUCCCCUAUCAGGCGGCACCCUCCACCUACUCAGGCUCGGAGCAGGAAGCAGAAGAGUACGAGACCCCCGCCACCACCAACCCGCCGAGCGGCAGCCACGAGUCGCCAGCCUCUGGCGCGCCGGGAGGCGGCGGCCACAACGAUAACGGUCAGUGGACAGGCGCUUACUCCAACCCACAGGACUACUCGGGCGAGGGCUACGGCGCGCCAGGCUGGGAGACGGUACAACGACACCACCACCCUACGCGACUGAGUGACGUGAUUGAGGAAGACGAGCGAAGCCGCGCGAGCACGAGCCAGAUAGGCCGAGUCUAG